CCCAGUCUCUCUUGUGGCCUUUUUCAGUUCCCACCCCCAUUUUCUAUUCCGGCGUCUUCUUCAACCCAAGAAUUGAUUGAUUCUUGAUUCACAAGAACAAUGGGAAGUCGGUCGUGUUUAGCAGGUAUGGAGGUUCCCAUUAUUGGCAGCGAUUCCGUCAAGUUUGUGCAACUCUCCCUCCCUUCUUCUACUUCCGCUUCCGCUUCUUCUCCUACUCCCCCUAACGCGGUAAGAGACGUCGGUUCUUUCUCCAUCAUUGGGAACCCUCCCGCCUAUUUCACUUGGAAAAUUUGCAGAAGUCAGCCAAAUGUGUUGGAAAUAAUGGAGUUCUGUGGUCAUAAGGAGUUCCCAAAAACAGGAUUGCAAAUUGUAUUCCCAGAAGCACUUUUUCCAUUUGCAGUCAUCUGCAAAAAUGAAAUGGCAUUUUCUUCUGUCAAACCAUAUUUGCUUCAUGCCAUGACAGUGUCUGGGGUUGCCUACCUUAUUAAACUUGAAAACAUCUCCAAUUAUGUAUCUAGCUCCCAUUUGCAAUCUGAUGAUUUUGUUGACUUCAACACUCAUCCUCAUCCUCAUCAAGGAGCAGCAACAGCAGUGGCAGGAAUAGCAGAACUGAUGGUAGUUGGAAGAAGUGAUGGAUCAGUUGGAUGCUUCCAGCUUGGCAUCCUUGACCAACGAGCUCCAGGCUUUGUUCAGGAACUGCGUGAUGAUUCUAGUCUUGGUCGUUUGUGGGGCGUUUUGUCAAGGGGAAGGUCAAAUGCUGCAGUGCAGGAUCUAGUAAUAUCGGAGUUUCACCAGAAAAGGCUUCUAUUUGUGCUUCAUUCUGAUGGGAGCUUACGUGUGUGGGACCUUUCAAAUCGUUCCAAAAUUUUCAGUCAUUCUUUAAGUGUUUCACCAUCAGCAGGAUCCACUUUUGUAAGGAUAUGUGUGGGAAACGACCACAACAAUCCUGAUGCAAUUACUAUGGCAGUACUACAAAAUGAUGAAUCGGAAGUUGGCACAGCAGUGAUCUCUUUAUAUAGGCUUUAUUUCAGUACUGGGGACAGAAUUAACUUGUUACUGGAUCCUUCGACAAAAAGCAUCUCGUUGGAAGAGUCUCAGGGGGACCUCAUUGAUAUAAAACUUACUUCAAACAAGUUGUGGAUACUCAGAGAAAAUGGAUUGGUCAUGAAGGAGUUGUUUUGUCAAAAUAGGAAUGAGGAAUUAGCUUAUUGCUAUUCUUUACAGGAUGCAUUUGUUGCUGAGCAGCUGUUUCAAGGCUCUGAAAAUUCUUCAGAUGAUCUACUUUGGCUUUCUCACACAGUUUUGUCAUCUUCAAAGGAUCAGAUUUCUCCGUUUGUAUCUUCUGUUUUCCUACAUAGGUUGCUCCUUCCGGGUGUUUAUCAUAGAAAUGUUCUUCGGGUAACAUUACGAGAUUUUAGCAAGCACUUCACUGAUUCCGAAUUUGACUCUCUGACUGUGGAUGGACUGAAAAAUGAAAUUCUGUCAGUCAUUCAACACGCGGUGGGAGCUGAUAGUCCAAUUUCAGUACUUCAGAGCUGGAAAACCUUUUGUACCAGUUAUUACAAUAAUUGGUGCAGAACAAAUGUAGCGUGUGGUUUGCUUAUUGAUUCAGCCACAGAAGCUGUGGGUGUAAUUAGAAAAAACUCAGUCUCCAUGUGUCGUAGUCUGGAGGACAUAGAGCUUCUUGUUUUUGGAUCUUCCGAUGAACAUGGAAAUACAAUAUGCUCUAGGUUUGACUCCUCUGAUAGUGAUCUUGAACGGGAAAUUCUUUUGGAAAUACUGCAGUGUGUUAAUAUUCUCAGUCAACAGUUGGGCAAAGCUGCUCCUGCCAUAUUUUUUGAGUCUCUUCUUAGAACACCAAGUUUAUCAUCUGAAGAAGUCAUUCCUCGGUUGCUGAAAAAUUUAGAAAGUGGAUAUAGCUCAUCAAUGGCACUCCAUGUAUCUGAACUUGGAACUGAUGUAGCAUUGGAUAAGGAAAUUUCCUACCACAAAAGACUCAGAAAAUUCUCAGUAGAUAUGUUUUUAUCCCUGCACAACUUGUGCAGUAGAGCUACCACAUGGAGGAGCGUUUUGCAUGUUAUUGAAAGCUAUUUGAAAUUUCUCGUGCCUCGAAAAUAUGAGCAUAACUUGGAAUCUGAAGGACUCUUCACAGUCAGCAUUGCCCUUACAGUGCAGGCGACUUCUCAGGUUGCUAAAGUGAUGUUUGAAUCUGCAUUGGAUGUGCAUUUGCUUCUAAGCUACAUGGUUAACAGUAGCAGUCAGAUUGGCAUGUCAGAGGAUGAGGUUUCGAAAGUAAAACUUGAGUUAGUUCCAAUGAUCCAAGAGGUUAUUACUGAAUGGCAUAUCAUCAAUUUCUUCAGUACCACACCAUCUGAAUCUCCUCUUCUUGAAGACUUCAGCAGCCAACUUUCAUCUUUACAACUUGAUGGAAAUGUUGAUCGGAGAUCAUGGAAUGAGAAACUUGGUAAAUCUGAAUUCACAUUGGCCUUUAUUCUACUACUUGGAGGUCAUAGUGGGCCAUCUUUUGGACAUCUUCCUGAUCCCAACAGUCUAAGUAAAUCAGUACAAGAAUUUGCUAGCUGGAUAAUAUGGGGGAGAACAGAAGCAGAACCGUCUGUUUUCUUCAGUCAUUCGAUAGGUCUUGCUCUGAUGUUGCUUAGACAUGGGCAAUACGAUGCUGUUGAGUAUGUACUCAGUUUGGUGGAUACUUAUUCUCGCAAGGAGAAGAUUUGCCAAAGUCUUCAGAGCGAUGGUGGGGAGUGGUCCACUCUGUUGCAUCUUCUUGGUUGUUGCUUUAUUGCACAAAGCCAAUGUGGUUUGCAUGGAACAAAGAAAGAAAGGAAAAUUUCUGAAGCAGUGCGGUGCUUUUUUAGAGCUGCGUCUGUUGAAGGAGCUGCCAAGGCUUUGCAAAGUUUGCCAAAUGAAGCAGGAUGGCUACACCUUGGUUUCUCUCAACAAGUCUCACCUGCUGCUUGGAAGCUUCAUUACUAUCAAUGGGCAAUGCAAAUAUUUGAACAACAUAACAUGAGGGAGGCUUCCUGCCAGUUUGCUCUUGCUGCACUUGAGCAAGUUGACGAAGCUCUUGGAUCUGGUGUUCUUGAUGAAUCAGCAACUGCUGUCAAGGGACGUCUUUGGGCAAAUGUCUUCAAGUUCACUUUAGAUCUAAACUAUUACUAUGAUGCGUAUUGUGCAAUCAUUUCAAAUCCAGAUGAGGAAAGCAAAACCAUUUGUCUAAGGCGAUUUAUAAUUGUUCUAUAUGAGCGAGGAGCUGUGAAGAUUCUUUGUGAUGGCCAGCUACCAUUUAUUGGCUUGUCAGAGAAAGUGGAGCGAGAGCUUGCUUGGAAGGCUGAGCGUUCAGAUGUUUCAGCCAAGCCAAACCCGUUCAAGUUGCUCUAUUCGUUUGCUAUGCAGAGACAUAAUUGGCGGAGAGCAGCGAGCUAUAUUUACUUGUAUUCAGCACAAUUAAGAAUCCAUGGUGCAAUGCGAGAUCCCCAACGACGAUCCUUUAUUCUGCAGGAGAGGCUGAAUGGGAUUUCUGCUGCUAUCAAUGCUCUACAGCUGGUUCAUCCUGCAUAUGCUUGGAUUGAUUCUCCACUUGAGGAAACUUAUUCUAAUAUAUAUCCAAGUAAAAGGGCUAGGAUAACCAUGGAAGAACAGCCUCCUGGUAAUGGUACUCAGUCUCAAAGGCAAAGGUCAUAUUUAGAUGUUGAAAAACUUGAGAAUGAGUUCAUUCUAACGUCAGCUGAGCAUUUGCUGUCAUUAGCAAAUGUCUCUUGGACUUUUGCUAAAAUUGAGACAGCCCCAACUGAUGUGAUUGACCUUUUGGUUGAAUCAAGCUUGUAUGAUAUGGCUUUUACAGUAAUUCUGAAAUUUUGGAAAGGGUCAGCUUUGAAGAGGGAACUUGAAAGAGUUUUUGCAGCUAUGUCAUUGAAAUGCUGCCCAAAGAAAGCCUCAUCAGUUGGGAAUGGUCACAGGAUGCAGAGUCUUCUUUUGACUUCAUCACAGGAUGAGAUUGUUGUCCGUGGAUCGCCUAAUGUUGGUCCACCUGCACAGGAAUCUAAAGGCAGUAGCCAUUGGGAGACACUUGAGCUCUAUCUCGAAAAAUACAAAAAGUUUCAUGCUAAAUUGCCUGUCGUUGUUGCCGAUACUCUUCUUGCUGCUGAUUCUCAAAUUGAGUUGCCUCUUUGGUUGGUUCAAAUGUUCAAGGGUGUGCCAGCAAAGAGUGGUGGGGGAAUGGCGGGAAGUGAGUCAAACCCUGCUUCUUUGUUUCGGCUAUAUAUUGACUAUGGUCGUUAUACUGAAGCGACUAAUCUGCUUCUGGAGUACAUUGAAUCAUUUGCGUCACUGAGACCAGCUGAUAUUAUUCGUCGUAAGAGGCCAUUUGCAGUUUGGUUUCCCUAUUCUUUGAUUGAGCGUUUAUGGUGUCAACUUCAACAAUCUAUCAAACUAGGCCACAUGGUUGAUCAAAGUGAAAAGCUGAAAAAGUUGUUACAGGGCUCUCUCAUGAACCAUCUACAUCAACUUAAAGUGGAUUCAGAUGAUGUGAUGUCUUCUGUUUCCUAGUCAUUGCUGCCAGUUUUCCGAUCUGUUAGCUUACGUAGGAUGAAAAUCUGCAGACACAAUUUUUAAGAAAUCAGAGACAGUAGCUUGUAUCCCCAUCCUUCCCCAAACAUGGGAUAAGAUGAAAAGAUUUAUUCUUGUUGCGAGUCUUAACAUAAGAAGCUGUGUGUAAAUUCCAACUUGGGGCAGCUCAUCAGCCUCUCACAUGGUCAAUUCAAUGAAUGUAUCAGGUGUAAUUUUGUAAAUUUAACUUGGAACUAUGUAAUAUGUAAUGCUCAAGUGCUAGAAUUUCUCUUUUAUGUGA